GCCCUCCAGGCCCUUGAAAUUGCUGGGACCUGAAUCGGGAGUAGACCAGCCUUUUUCUUGCCCCUCUCCCCAAGUGGAGCACAGUGGUCGACACUUAUCCAUUCACAACAUGUGGCCGUUCUCCUCAUCGUCGUGGAAAGAGAUCGCACAGCAGAAAGUCGAGGAGAGGGCCAGGGCUCUCCAAACCGCCCUUCCCGCCUUUCCCGAGCAGUCGGCUCUCCUUGCCGCGUCAGCCGCGGAAAUCGUGCAGCGCAUUGGAGCCGGUGAAUGGACGGCUUCGGAGGUUCUUGAGGCCUACAUCUCCCGCGCAGCCCUAGCCCAGCAGACAACAAACUGUUUGACAGAAGUGCUGUUUGAAGAAGCCCGCCAACAAGCACAAGCUCUCGACGACUAUGUGCAGGCCACGAAGAAACUCAAGGGCCCCCUGCACGGCGUGCCCGUCAGUUUCAAAGACAUGCUUGCUGUGCGCCCGCCGUAGACGACAUUGUCAGGCAUGACACAUCCAUGGGACACAGCAACGAGGCGCACAAGCCAGCCGCGGCGGACGCGGAGCUGGUCAGGCUCGUCCGGGAGGCCGGCGGGAUUCCUCUUGCGAAGACCAAUGUCCCACAGACUCUGAUGUUCUUCGAGUGCGUUAACCCGAUGUGGGGCCGAACGCUGAACCCAUACAGCGCUGACCAUACGUCCGGCGGUUCGAGCGGUGGCGAGGCUGCGUUGCUCGCCAUGGACGGCAGCGCGCUAGGGUGGGGCAGCGAUAUCGGCGGGAGCCUGAGGAUUCCCGCGAGCUUUUGCGGGAUCUACACCUUAAAGCCUGGCCAUGGGAGGCUAUCCACAGGUGGGGUCAAGGAGAAUCUUCCUGGCUUCGACGCCGUUAAGACCGUAAUGGGGCCUAUGGGACGCUCGGUGGCGGAUAUUGAGCUGGCCUGCCGUGUUGGUUUUGGGCAGCAGAGCGAGAACUACGACCCGGCACCCAUCCCAUACCGCGAUAUCAAGCUGCGUGAGAAGCUAAAAUUUGGGUAUUACGUCAAUGAUGGCCUCAUCAAGAGCUCGCCCGCGUCUCAGAGAGCAGUUCUUGAGACAGUGGAGGCGCUGAGGCGAGAAGGACAUGAAUGUGUCGAGUUCGCCGUGCCAGAUGGUGAUUGGACUUUGUUGCGGCUUGAUUUACUUGUGAAGUGUACUGAUAUUUGGGCAACAGCGGUCAAGGCUCUCAAGCUCUUCCUAUCCCUAACGCUAGCUGAUGGUAACAAGACCCUCUUCUCGCCUAUUAAACAAGAUCCCAGACAAAAGGAGCUGACAACCAUGGCCAUCGGUCCCGAGUUAUAUGGCUGGGCACGUUCACUUGUCUCCUGGAUCCUGAGACAUCCGAUGGGCGAUACCGUGUUCGCGGAUAUCAUGAGUAUUUGCAAACCCGUUUCUGUCGACGAGUUCUGGUCGACAAUCGACCAGCAGAAGGACUAUGUUCGCAAGUUCUACAAGGAGGUAUGGGAGAAGUACGAGUUCGAUGGUAUUAUCGCGCCCGUCCUGGCCAUCCCCCCACUCCCCCAUCAAUCUGUGACUUACAUUGCCUCUCUGGCUUGCUCGGCCCUGCUCUACAAUGUCGUCGACAGCCCCGCCGGCACAGUCCCGGUCACGCGAGUCGACCCAAGCCUUGACAGGCUCACAGACGAAUGGAGGAGCCAGCCCGCGGCCGGCUCGCCAACGCUGGAAGGCCUGGUAUACAAAGGCGACGACGCCAUCUAUAAUGUUGAUAAGAUGGCCGGUCUGCCAAUUGGAGUGCAGGUCGUCGGGAAGAAGUGGGAGGAAGAGAAAGUUGUGGAGAUGAUGAAAGUCGUCGACUGUGCCCUUGGAAAGCGGAGCUCUGGGCCUGGCUCUUGGAAGGCGAAGACAAAGUGAAGACCAUUUGCAGACAUUCUAGUAUUUCUUGUACGCAUACACACACCCUAAUUACUGUCAAGUUGGACUGGAGGAUAAU